GGCGGCAAGAAGCUCGUCGACGAGGGCGGGGAGUCCGCCGCGGCUGCGCUGCUCGCCAAGAGCGCGGCGCAGACGGCCGUGUCCGCGGACCAGGACCUCGCGCAUCGGAUGGAGCAGCUCGUGCCCAUGUACCGCGACGCCGCCGCCCGGCUGCGCAGCGCCGAGGCGGGGCCGCGCGUGCAGGGCAUCACGGGCUACGAGGAGUUCGCCUCGCUCGCGGCCGCGUACGAGGCGCGCGCGGACACCUACGACCAGGUGCUCAAGUCCCUCCGCGGCGUCCCCGCGGCGCCGUCGAUGAGCGCCUCCGAGAAGGACGCGCUGGCCAUGGUGCAGGCCAAGGGCCACGUGUCCACGAUCAAGAGGAAGUCGACGGAGGGCUUCGAGACGCUGAAGGCCUCGGCCGCGGCCACGAACUCGGGGAGGUGA